AAAGAUUUUCAGCUUCUGUUGGUGUAUGGCAAAUAUGAGAAGACUCUAUGGAUUCUAAAGCAUGAGAUCAAUAGGAAGCACUGGCACCAGAGCUGUAAGCCUCAGUAAGAAAGAAAUUGAAUAAAAGAAAACCAAAUACAAUGACUAAGCUAUUCUGGCUAGUAUGGAUCUUCUUCAUGGUCAUAACAGCAAAUGUUUCUGAAGAAAAAGCCACAAAACAGCUGUGUCCUUCCUGUGAUACCACUCAUUUUUGUGACUGUUCUUCAAUGAAUUUGAGCAUCAUUCCUUCAGGACUAACAACUGAUGUCACAGGGCUAAAUCUGUCCUACAACAGAAUCAAAUCUGUCAAAGAAACUGAUUUGCAGCUAGGUCUGAAUCUCAGAGUGCUGCUCCUGCAAGCCAAUCAAAUUUGGACAAUAGAUAAGGAUUCAUUUGUUUUCCUUGGAAAAUUGGAACAUUUGGAUUUAUCAGAUAAUAAGUUGACUAACUUGUCAUCCAAUUGGUUCAGAUAUCUUUUUUCCUUACAGCACCUAAACAUAAAAGGUAAUUUAUAUACAAUAUUGGGGGACAAUCCCUUAUUUUUUAACCUCAAAAAUUUGAGCUAUCUGCAUCUGGGGAAUAAAAAUUCCUUCUCUGCUAUACGGAAACAAGACUUUGAUGGAAUUACAGUUCUUCGGCAACUUGACAUUCAUGGUCAAAGGCUCAAGCAAUAUGAGUCAGGGAGUCUGACAACAGUGAACAUAAAUCAUAUAAUCAUAAACAUAAAUGAUGUUCACGUGUUAUCGCGGAUGGUAGAAGACUUAAUACAUUCUGUAAUAUGUUUAGAACUGAGAGAGAUAGACUUCAGAACAGCUAAUGAAUCUUCGUUACUGGAGCCAAUGAGUCAUUCUGUUAUGGAGAAACUUGUGUUAAAAAAUGUCUGGUUUAUAGAUUCAACGAUUGUCAAAGUGUUAAACAUCCUAGGUCGAGCUAAAAAAUUUGUGGAGCUGGAGGUGGACAAUUCUGUACUACGGGGGACUGGACAAUGGCAUGGACAAAUUGAAGUAAACAGAGAAAUCUCCUUUAAAGUGCUCACAGUACAGAAUUUAGUUAUAGAACAAUUUUAUUUGUUUUCAGAUCUUACGGGUGUGGAAAAUCUUCUAGCUAACAUUACCAAAAUCACAGUUGUGAAUACCAAUGUCUUCUUGGUGCCUUGCAGCAUUUCAAGACAUUUUUCCUCCCUCCUUUAUCUUGAUCUCAGUGAAAAUUUGCUUGCAGAUCCAAGUUUGAAACAUUCAUCUUGUGAAGGUGCAUGGCCCUUGCUGCAAACUUUCAAUUUAAGUCAAAAUUCACUGGGUGAUUUAGAAAAGACAGGGCAAAGUCUAUCUCAUUUAAAACAUCUUACUCACCUAGAUAUUAGCCGAAACAAUUUUGGUGAAGUUCCAGAAUUGUGUCAAUGGCCAGAAAACCUAAGAUAUUUCAAUAUCUCAGGCACUCAGAUAACCACGCUGACAGCUUGUAUUCCUCAAACUCUAGAAGUUUUGGAUGUUAGCAGUAAUAACCUCAAUGAUUUUAGAUUAAAGCUACCAUUUCUCAAAGAGCUCUACAUUUCAAAUAACAAAUUAAAGAACUUGCCAGGUGCUGAAUUUAUUUCUAACUUGGUGUCCCUAAGAAUCAGCAGAAACAAAUUAACCAGUUUCUCUAAGGAAGAAUUUGGAUCAUUUAGGGAAAUGAAGACACUGGAUGCUAGUGACAAUAAUUUUAUCUGCUCUUGUGAAUUUCUCACCUUCAGUCAGGGCCAGGAAGGAAUAACAAAUGUCUUGGCUAACUGGCCAGAAAACUACAUCUGUGACUCUCCGUUUUCUGUGAGAGGGCAGCAGGUGAAGGCUGCUCGGCUUUCACUGUUUGAAUGUCACAUGACUUUGGCUGUGUCCUCAAUUUGCAUUCUAGUGUUCUUAGUAAUCCUGUUUAUUGUUAUCCUGAGCUACAAACUUCAUCUGAUCUGGUACAUGAGAAUGACCUGGGCUUGGCUUCAAGCAAAAAGGAAACCCAAGAAAUUACUCAAUCAGGACUUUUGCUACGAUGCUUUUAUUUCCUACAGCGAGAGAGAUGCCGAGUGGGUUGAAAACUUAAUGGUACAGGAACUCGAGCAUGCUCUCCCCCCAUUUAAACUGUGCCUUCAUAAACGGGACUUUUUGCCUGGGAAGUGGAUCGUUGACAACAUCAUUGACUCCAUUGAAAAAAGCCGUAAAACUCUGUUUGUGCUGUCAGAGCACUUUGUUCAGAGUGAGUGGUGCAAGUAUGAGCUGGACUUUUCGCAUUUCCGUCUGUUUGAUGAGAAUAAUGAUGCAGCAAUUUUGAUCCUUUUGGAGCCCAUUCAGGAGCAAACAAUUCCCAAAAGGUUCUGUAAACUGAGGAAAAUAAUGAACACAAAGACCUACGUUGAAUGGCCUCGUGACAAAAAUCAGCAGCAAAUAUUUUGGAAUAAACUGAAAGCAGCAUUAAAAUCCUAGGAUGAGUCAUUUAAAAUUGAACUAUUAACUCAGUCAUACUACAUUUCCAAGAAGAACAUUUUCUAAGCCUUUUUUUGGUUAAGAAAUGUUUUGUUAUGCUCAUUGUUGUAUCAGUAUUGUGGAGGCUUGAUUUGAGAGAUUACUAAACUAAGUAUUGCUUUGUGAAAUGAAAGAGGAUACUAAGAACAUCCAAAUGUUGUAUUGAUUUUUUGUUGUUCUGACCUUUCUCUUAAUAACUACCCAAAGCAUCCCUGUCUAUAAAAAUGCAUUUGAAAGAAAUCUAUUGAUUACAUCAUAUCUUAUUUUUUUUAGAUACCAUCAGAUUAUUUAAAAUCAUUUAAUGAAAAUGGAGUGGAAAAGUAGAAAUUGCCUAAGUAGAUUCAAAACAAGAUCUCUGAGGCUAGGUCCUCAUAGAUAAUAGAUCAAACUUGUAACUCCCAUGGAAACAGUGGAUUUGUACCAGGACUGUAUGUGGCCCAACAAUUAAAGAAUGAAGCAAUCUGACAAAUAUGUCAGAUGCUGGGUGUAAAAAUGUUGUGAUGUAUCUAGGCUCAAAGAUCACAGGAAUACUGAUAGUCUAUGUCAGUGGUUGCCAACCUUUUUGAGCAUACAGAACCCUUUCCAAUCUGUUAAAAUUGUAUGGACCCCCACAAGAGGAGCGGUGGGAAGCGGCAGCCGGCACAUACCUUGGCCUGUGCUACUUUUUCAGUUCCCGCCCCGUCUGUCCUGUGCCCAUCCAUGGAGGAUACGGUGAGGGGGCUUUUGUGGCAAAAGGCAGCUCCUGCCUCAGCACUCCGCCCUUGGCCGGGCAGGGAGCCCUGGGGGAGAAGAAAAAAGAAAAGGAAAAGAAAAGUCAGAAUCAGGCCCAAUGCCAUGCUGGGAUGGGGGAGAGGGCUGGAGUAUGUACAACAGUGCAGCUGGUGGCAAGAGGAUGGAUAUUGACCCUUAUAUCAAGAGCCCAUCCCGAGAGCAGGAGGCAGUGAGUGCAGCCGCGAAUGGUGAGCCCUGGGCAAGAAUCACCUGGUGGAAAGUCCCGGUCCCACAGUGGACCCGAUCCUUACUUUUUCUUUCCUUUCUUAAACUUUCUGCGGAUCUCCUACAUUACCAUUGCAGACCCCCAGGUGUCCACAGACCUCAGGUUAGGAACCACUGGUCUAUGUACUUAAUUAUUUCUGUGCGUGUAUUAUUUAUGUUGGGGUAGACACUAUAAAAACAUUAAAGUUGAAGUCCCCAUUUCUAAUAGCUUACUAUUAGAUAGUCAAACAGACAAAAUGCUUGUGUCUGAUGUUAAGUACAUACGGUUUCCUCAACCUCUUCCCAGCUAAUUUUUUCCACUAUUUCUGCCCCAAUAUUACUCUUCUUUCCUCCUACCUAUACCACUAUGACAUAGGGGUGAUGUUGUGUCCCCAUAUUUUUUAUGAAAACAUGGUUUUGAACAUGAAUAUGCCUAACACAAAUAUGCUUUAUACAAAAUGGGGCAUGUAACCUAUCAUGGAAGAGCCUGUAAUCCCCUAAAUGUUUAUAUUCUGUUUGUGUGCAUAUCUCAUCACUGUUUUAAAAGUUAGAAAUAUGAAGUAUAAACCUGUUUAUUAAUCUAGGUUUGCUAGUGAAAGCUAUUAGUGGUACUUAAGGACCUGGUAUUCAAGACCUGUGAAUAAUCUUGUGUUUCCUGUAAGACUGGUUUAGGGUUAGUGCUGCUAAGACAUGUGUCUAAGUCACCUGCUGCUGGAAUCCAUUUGAAUCAGCUAAACACAAAGGAUUCCUAUUUUGGGCAGAAUCUAUUUAUAAAUAGGGAACCAGACAAUAAGGGUGUUAGCAGAUGCCAGACACCAAGACAUCCCCUACUUAUCAUCAAGAUGACUGCUGGAAACAUCUAAGACUGAGCAAGGGGAAGGAUCUGUCUAGCUUGUGAAAAAGAUGAUUAAACUAUUUUUAGGAUAAGAAAUUAUAUGUAACUAGUUUCUUAAAAUAUUAAGCUUAGCUGGUGUGUUUUUUAUUUUGCUCAGUAACUGACUUUGACCUGUCUGUUAUCACUUGCAACCACUUAAAUCCUACUUUUUAUACUUAAUAAA